AUGGUCAGCUUAGAAAUGGCUGAGCUCACCUUGGGGCCCCUGGCGCCCACCGCCCUUCUUUCUGUCUCUGUGAAGCUGACCGCUCCAGGGGCCUCCUUGGCCCAGGGGACGGGCUUGUGUGAUCACAAGCAAGGGUGCUGGGAAAACCAUCCAGACGGGCAGAGACAGUGGCCACGCAGUUACCUCUCAAGCCCAUGGCGUCCUGCGCAGGACUUGCCCCUUUUGAUUUGGCCCAACGUGGAAAGCUCUCGCUUUAACACCGAAGGGGGAGCACCGUCGGGAAGGAAAUCCAGCAGGAGAAGCGAGGUCUUUAACCAACUCCCGGCUUCUGCAGCCUCUCGUGGGCCCUGGACUCCACCCACGUUUGCUUUGACUCCCUCGGGGCCCAGGAAGACUUUGUCUAAAAGAGAGUCUCCUAGAACUCAGCGCCUGCACGGAGACCUCUCCAGGGAUGUUCAAGGAGUGGCUGAGGGUGGAGUGAUUUUUCAGAAGUGCGCAGUGGUGUCCGGGCAGAGCGAGGUGCCGACGGCUCAGGUGAGCCUGCUCGUGGACAACGCCAGGACCCCCACGGCCACCAACCUCUCGGAUCUGCUCAUACUCGACAACAUCACUGGCCUCUCUAUCAGCGGGUCGACGGGAAACAGGACCUCACCAGGAUUCCAGACUUUCAGAAAGAAGUUUCUGCAAGUUGGAGACUCGUUCUCGGUCAGCUACACAGCCUCCAUCCAGGCCGGAGAUGUUGGGAGCGGAGACGUCCUGGUGCUUCCUGCCUGGCUCACCCUGCCAAGCUCAGCGCUGGGCAGGACACAGAGCCGUGCUCCCUUUGAUGGCUCCAGAGAAGAAUCCUUGACCGUUGUCCCAAACCAUGGCCUUCACGCAGCAGGAUUCUUCAUAGCGUCCAUCGCCUCCUUCGUGCUGACCUGGGUCACGCUGUGCGUCCUGGCUCGGUGUCAGUGUUUGAAGGGAAGCCCGCUCGCCAGACAUCAGGUGCAGCAUCAUGAGAACAAGCUGGAGUACUCCCAGUUCACCUCGGCCGACGGUCUCAAUGAGGACCUUGCUCUCAAUGACCAAAUGAUUGACAUUCUGUCUUCAGAGGACCCUGGGGGCAUGCUGCAAGCCUUAGAAGAGUUGGAGAUUGCAACCCUGAUUCGGGCCGACUCAGACCUGGAGACAUGUCGAACACAAAUCAGCAGAGAUGUCAUUGCCCUUCUGCUGAGGAAUCUGGCCAGCUCUGGCCACCUGUCCCCGCAGGUAGAGAGGAGGAUGGGGGCUGUUUUCAAAAAGCAGUUUCUGUUGCUGGAGAAAGAAAUACAAGAGGAGUAUGAUCGGAAGAUGGUGGCAUUGACGGCCGAAUGUGACCUGGAAAUGAGAAAGAAGACAGAGAACCAGUACCAGAGGGAGAUGGCGGCAAUGGAAGAAGCAGAGGAGUUGCUGAAACGUGUCAGUGAGAGGUGGGCCAUGGACUGCACCGGCCUCCUGCGGAGCCUGCACGGCCUGGAGCAGGAGCAGCUGCGGAGAUCCCUGGCGCUGCAGCGGGAGGAGGACUUCGCCCAGGCCCGCAGGCAGCUGGCCGUUUUCCAGCGCAGCGAGCUGCACCGGAUCUUCUUCACGCAGAUAGGAAGCGCCACGGUCCAGGGGGAGCUGCAGCCCGAGGCGGCCCGGAGGCUGCUGCAGGAUUACUCCGACAUCCAGGAGAAAUUAGAAGAGUUAAUGGACUUUUUCCAGGCCAGUAAGAGAUACCAUCUAAGUAAAAGGUUUGGCCACAGGGAGUACCUGGUGCAGAACAUGCAGUCGUCAGAGACCCGCAUGCAAGGCCUUCUGAGCGCCGCGGACGCUCUGCUGACCCUGUUCAUCCAGAAGCACGAGAGAGCGGGGUACCUGGACGAGGACCAGAUGGAGGCGCUGUUGGAGCGCACCCAGACCGAAGUCUUUUCCAUCAAACAGAAGCUGGACAAUGAUUUGAAGCAGGAGAAGAAGAAGCUGUACCAGAAAUUAAUCCUUAAGAGAAGACGAGAGAUGCUGCAGAAGCUCAGGGAGCAGCGCAGGGAGCUGCUGUCGGUCGGGGAGGCCCUGCGAGCGGCCGAGGACGCCGGCCAGUACCUGGAACGCUGGGGCGGCCUGCUGGCGGAGCACGGCGCCACGCUGGAGACGCUGCAGGAGCGCCUGGACCAGGCGGCCCUCGAGGACCUCCGGGCCCUGACCCUGUCGCUGUCCGAGAAGGCGGCCGAGGAGCUGCGGCGGCUGCAGGGCGCGGCGGUGACCCAGGAGCUGCUCAAGCGCAAGGUGCCCUGGCUGUUCCUGCAGCAGGCCCUGGAGGAGCACGGCCGGGAGCUGGCCGCCCGGGCCCGGCGGCUCGAGGGGCAGGAGAGGGACCGGGACCAGGAGGGCGUCCAGAGCGUGCGGCAGAGGCUGCAGGACGACGCCCUGGAGGCCUCCACGGAGGAGCAGGCCGAGCUGAGGCGCUGGGAGCGCCUGAUCUUCGCGAAGCUCUGUUCCUCGCCCUCCUCCCAGUCUGAGGAGGAGCUGCUCAGGAUGAAGCAGGAAGUUCACGGCUGCUUCGCCCAGAUGGACAGGAGCCUGGCCCUCCCCAAGAUCCGGGCCCGCGUCCUGCUGCAGCAGUUGCAGACCGCCUGGCGAGAAGCGGAGUUCCAGAAGCUGGACCAGGUGCUGUCUGCCCCGGAGCUGCAGCAGCAGUCCAAGGCUAGGAAGUCGCGCUCCAAGAGUAAGAGCAGGAGCGACCUUCUGAGGAAGUGCAUCGAAGAUAAAAUUCAGCUCUUUGAGGAACAAGGCCCAGAAGACCUGGUUGAAAAGGUCCGCGGGGAGCUGCUCCGGGAGCGCGUGCAGCAGCUGGAGGCCCAGGAGGCCCGCUUCGCGGAGUCGCUCGUGUCCCUGCAGUUCCGGAAGGCGGCCAGGACAGCCCAGACCCUGGGGGCCUACACCGCCCUCCUGAGCAUCCGAGACCUGCUCCUGGAGGAGCUGAGCGAGUCGGAGACCCUGACCACGCUGGCCUGCGAGCAGAUCCUGGGGUCGCACGGCCCGGAGCUCCAGGAGCUGGAAAGGAAGCUGGAAGAGAAGCUGGUGCACCAGGAGGCCGCCCAGCUGCAGCGGGCGCUGGCCAGUCAGCAGCAGUGGGCCGGUGACGGGCCCGGGCUCCUCCACGAGCACGAGGACACGGAUUCUGACAGGCAGGUCUCCGCCGUGCUGCAGCAGGCCCUGGGCAAGGCCCAGAAGUUACUGGAACACCACCAGCAGAGCUGGAGGGAGGAGCGAGACCAGAGCGUCGUGCUGGAGGAUUUGCUGGAGAAAAUGGAGUUUGACACCUUCUCCACCUUGUACAGCCAGGAGCUGAGACUGGCGUCCUACCUGUCCAGGCUGGCGAUGGUGCCCACGGGCACGCUGCGCCGGCUCCUGAGCGUGGCUCUGCCCGCUGCCUCGCCAGCCGAGCUGCUGGCCGCGCUGGACUCGGGCAGCCAGAAGCAUCCGGACCCCUCGGCGGAGAAUGAUGGUGGCGGGGAGCAGGCCGAUCUGGGCAGGAGGGGGAGGCACCGGGGCUGGUGGGAAGCCCUGGAGAGAAGACUGCGGGGAGAGCUGGUAAGCAGAGGACUGGAAAAGGCGCUCUGGGCCCGCGGGAGGAAGGAGAGCAUACUGUGGAAGCCCUGUCCCCCUCUCAGAGAGAGGCUGGUAUUGCCGGGAAAAGGAAGCUGGCCACACCUGUCCCUGGAGCCCAUCGGAGAAGCGGCCGCCGUGCCCAUCGUAGGGGCCGAAGCCAUCGAUUUAUUGAACACAGGCGAGAAGCUCUUUAUAUUCAGAAAUCCGAAGGAACUGGAGAUAUCGCUGCAUGCUCCUCCCAGGAGGAAGAAGAAGAACUUUCUGAAUGCCAAAAAGGCCACUUGGGCCUCAGGCAUGGACUAAACCAAAGGAAAGUUCCCAGGAGUCUGAAGACAGAUUUGUUUUCUCCUGCCCACCUGUGUGUGUGUGUGUGUGUGUGUGCGCGCGCACGUAGAUAG